AUGACGCCAUGGCUGCAUCGCCAGCUUGACCGAUUCGACCUUUGGGCUGCUCAUAAUGGUAUCAUUGCAUGGCAUCUGCGCGAGCGACCAGAGCUGGUGGACAUGAUACUUCAACUUCUGGCUCUACUGCACGACUAUCUCUCUGCAAUCUGUACCUUAGCAGAUCCUAUUGCCGGUAGGGCUACGGCGGCUGUAGAGGAUGCAAGUCUCCAGAAUCAACCACCUUCACCUCACGCAUCAUCAUCAAUUAGCUCUUCAGAAUGUUCAUUUGGCCAGGCUCCCGAGACAUCGUCCGUAGUUGCAGACCCAAUCGACACAAUGCGAGAGCGGGUGGAGCAGGUGCUUUCAGAACUUUUCAGAGUAUCUGCUACCAUCCACUCUGCUGAAAUGAUUUAUAGAUAUACCAAAGUCGCAAAAUUCGUUGAGAAGGUCAAGCGUGGUAUGAUGACGCUGCUGGCAACUUGCUGGAUCGCCAGUUCCAAUUAUUGGCCGAAAAUUGGCACAACGAAGCCAUUGAGUGGGAACCCUCGCUCUGUGAUACAGAUGAUGAAUCAGAUCUGGAAACAAGGCAAAAGAGAAACGAAAAAUUUCUUCAAAUGA